AUGACGGCACUGCCAUCAUAUCUGCACUCAUUUGAUCUUUAUUCAAUAAUGAACUCGGACAGCACCUGGUCGAAGGACCUCCUUCGCCUACUGGUCCAGCAAGGCCCUAUCCCAAAACAUGUGGGGUUUAUCAUGGACGGAAACAGACGUUAUGGAAAAGAAGACAAGAUGCCCCUGGAAAAGAUACUCGAGUUCUGCUUCGCGACCGGAAUCCAGGCCGUGACAGUCUAUGCAUUUAGUCUUGCGAAUUUCCGGCGCUCUGCUGAAGAGAUUAAGGCAGUCAUGGUUCUUUUGAAGGUCUGUCUUGCACGGCUUCUGCAAGAUGGGGGUGUAGCGGAGCGGUUUGAAGUCAAACUCCGAAUAUGCGGCAAUAAGUCGUUACUGCGCGCGGAGACCGUCGAGGACCUUGAACAUGCAGAACGGCUCCUCGCUAAGAAUACCAAAUGUGUUUUGAAUAUUUGUCUGGCGUACGGAUCACGGCACGAGAUCACCUCUUCUGUGAAAGCAGCGGUUAUGACCGGUCACGGUGUGCCAUUGCCCCGGCAAGACAUGAUCGAGACGCUUGAAGACACAAUGUCUACUGCAGGAUGCCCGCCGUUGGACUUCCUGAUACGCACUUCUGGCACGAGCCGCCUGAGCGACUUCAUGCUUUGGCAAUGCCACGAAGCCACUGAUAUUGUGAUCCUAGAGAAAAACUGGCCCGAAUUAAAGCACUGGGACUUUACGCAGGUGCUUGGUCAGUGA